GUUUAUCUUCUACCUUCAAUCCGUAGUCGCCAUGGAUACUUCGAACCAGUAGCUUGAAUCACUUGCCCGUGAGAUUAUGGUUACAAAGCUUUUCCUGAGGCCACAGUCGCUUCCUCUCACCGCCUUUACACCGAAAUUCAUCUUCCCGUCGAAGCGCUUUCUCCCGAUAUACUUCACCCCACCGUUCUCCUCCACCAUAGUCCACUCUCAAUCUCAAUUCUCCGCCCACACUUUCUCCUAUGGACCUUCUCUUCGCAAGGGCUACCAUCCAUUUCCAUCGGUAUCCAGACAGCUUCCUCUUGAUAACUCUCAACCUGUUAUCAAGACCGUAAUUGGAAAUCCGGAGAGGGAGCGGUUACAGAACGAGAAAAGUGAAGAAGUUAUAUUAGAUGAAGAUGCCUUCAUUCGGAUUUUUGACAUUGCUGCACUUCGAAUUCCUUCUAGAGGUUGUUUCGAGCUUGAGAAUCGGCUGCGUGGCCAUCUCUUGAACUGGCCACGGAUUCGCAACAUUGCAAGAGUUCCCGGCGACGAGGUCGAGGCCGAACUGGCAGAGCUUGUGGGAGAGCAGAAUCGGAGCUAUUCCGACGACGGAGAUGGAGUUGAUAUUGAUUCGCUGCACCGGCGAAUUUAUGGGAAAGCUGAGGACGAUGGGGAGCCUCUGAGUCCCGUGUUGUACAGGGAAAAGCUAGUGAAAACGUUCGAUUCAAAAGGGUAUGUGAACUUCAGACAUUUGGCGAAAAUGUCGAGGCCGAAGAAAAAGAAGGAGAAGAAGGAAGAAGGGAAAGACGAGGGGAUUAAAAGAAUGGGGAAAAGUGAAUUUGCCGUUGUGGAGGUCGUGGAGAGUGAGGAACUGGAAGUGGAUGAUAUGAAGGGAUUGUUGGGAGAUGAGUUUAAGGGUGGAAAAUGGAGGGGUUCAACUAGAUUGUUGCUUUUGGACGAACGAUAUGGAGACAAAGGCGUAGAAGAGCUUCCAGAGGCGAUUAAGGCUCUGCUGAAAGGAGAAACCCAAGAAAGCAUGAAAUCAACAAUUGAGCUUGUGAGGUGCAGGCUUACUUUAUAUUAUGAUUACUGGCAGAUGAAUGAGGUUUUGGAGGCCUUGCUUCCAAAGGAUAUGGUUAUUCCUUCAGCCUUUGAAACCGUUGGACAUAUUGCACACCUAAACCUUAGAGAUGAACAUCUCCCAUACAAGAAGCUUAUAGCCAAGGUUGUUUUGGAUAAAAAUAAGCCAAAGAUGCAAACAGUAGUGAAUAAGAUUGAUGUCAUCAACAAUGAUUACAGGACAAUGCAACUUGAAGUUUUAGCUGGGAACCACUCCCUUGUGACCACUGUAGUUGAGAAUGGUUUACGAUUUCAUUUGGACUUAGCAACAGUGUACUGGAAUUCAAGGCUCGCAACCGAGAGACACAGGCUACUAAGUGGCUUUACGUGCAAAGAUGUUGUUUGUGAUGUCUUUGCUGGUGUCGGUCCAAUAUCCAUAUCUGCCGCAAGAAUAGUAAAGAAAGUAUAUGCCAAUGAUUUGAACCCAAAUGCGGUUGAAUAUCUAGAAAGAAAUAGUGUUCUCAAUAAGCUCGAGAGGAAGAUUGAGGUUUUUAACAUGGAAGGAAGGAGGUUCAUCAGCGCUAUGUUUGCAAGUGAGAAAGCUCCAAAAAUUACACAAGUUGUCAUGAAUUUGCCAAAGGAUGCUGCCGAAUAUCUAGAUACUUUCAAAGGCAUACUAAGAGACCGAUCGGAUGUAGAGUUCAUAUCGCCAACGAUCCAUGUUUAUGGAUUCUCAAAAGCUCGAGAUCCAGAAUUCGACUUUCACGAGCGGAUAAGAAUUGCACUAACUGAGGUUGCUGUUGAUGUUGAUAUGCGAAGGGUCCGACUUGUGGCACCAGGCAAAUGGAUGUUAUGUGCUUCAUUUAAACUUCCCAGAAGUGUCGCUUUUUCAAAGCGUGGACUUAAUAUGAAAAUUACAUAGACCAAUUUUUUUUUAAUAUCAUAAUUAUGUUUAU